CUUCGGUUCAAUAAUUUGUAUACACGCGAAAACGUUUGCAUAAAAUUCCUCAAAGAAAACAAUGUCUGAGGAUGUGCAAAAACAUUCUGUUCACACUCUUGUGUUUCGAUCGUUGAAGAGGACACAUGACAUGUUUUUGUCAGACCAAGGCACCAUGCCUGUAAGAGAUGAGAGAAGUGAAUGGUUUCGUCGUCAAUGCAAGCUGAAUGAUGAGUAUGGCCUGGUGAAGAACCUUCCUAAGGAGCCGACCAGGAAACCACAGCCACACAACGAUCCAAACAACCCUUACAAUCAGUGGCAAGAUGCAAGAGGAUCAGCAGACAACCCGGCUGGCAGCCAAGCAAUGGACAUGAUUGGUUAUGACAAGAACAGACCUGACCAGCUUGCAGCCGACUCAAAUAAGGCCCUGGUUGCAGUGGGAGCCCAGCAGGCACUGGUCCCUAAGAAAGCCCCAACAAUGCCCAAACCAGAGUGGCAUCCUCCAUGGAAACUCUACAGGGUAAUCAGUGGUCAUCUGGGCUGGGUGCGGUGUGUGGCGGUUGAGCCGGGGAAUGAGUGGUUUGUAACUGGAGCUGCUGACAGAGUCAUCAAGAUCUGGGACCUUGCCACGGGCACAUUAAAGCUUUCUCUGACGGGCCAUAUCAGCGCUGUGCGGGGAGUGUGUGUCAGUCCCAGGCAGCCAUAUUUGUUCUCAUGUGGGGAGGAUAAGAAAGUCAUGUGCUGGGACCUUGAACAAAAUAAGGUUAUCCGUAGCUACCAUGGUCACCUGAGCGCAGUAUAUUCCAUAGACGUUCAUCCCACAAUAGACAUCAUUGCCACCUGCGGUCGAGACAGCACUUGUAGGAUCUGGGACAUGAGGACGAAGGCGUGUGUACAUACAUUGGCAGGUCAUACAAACACCGUGGCUGAGGUCAGGUGCCAGGCAGCAGAACCACAGAUCAUCACAGGAAGCCAUGACUGCACGAUAAGGCUGUGGGACCUGGCUGCGGGCAAAUCUCGGGCCACCCUCACCAAUCACAAGAAGAGUGUUCGUGCUCUUGCCAUUCAUCCUACACAGUACACAUUUGCCUCAGGCUCUCCGGACAACAUCAAGCAGUGGAAAUUCCCUGAUGGCAACUUCCUCCAGAACAUGUCAGGCCAUAAUGCCAUCAUUAACUCACUGGCUCUCAAUUUAGACAAUGUCCUGGUGUCUGCAGCUGACAAUGGUUCCAUGCAUUUCUGGGACUGGAAGACGGGGUACAACUUCCAGCGGAUGCAGGUGGCCGCCCAGCCUGGAUCCAUCGACUCUGAGGCCGGGAUCUUCGCAAUGACCUUCGACCACAGCAGCACCAGACUCAUCACAGCCGAGGCCGACAAGACCAUCAAAAUAUACAAGGAGGAUGACACUGCUACUGAGGAAUCCCAUCCACUGAACUGGCGCCCCGACAUUAUCAGGAAAAAGCGGUACUAGGACAACUGAAUCGACGGAAGUGGUUCUAAAACAAGAGAAUCGACCAGAUUGGUACAAGGAUAACUGAAUCGACCUGAGUGGUCAAUUGGAAGUGAAAUGUGUUGUCUUGUGAACUGAUAUAACAUAUAUUAUCAUCAUUUGCCAGUCAUUCAUCAAAUAAAUGACGUACUGUGUCCUUAGUGGAAGAUAUGAUUGCCUAUUGUUUUAUAUGUAAAUCAUAGAAUAAAUUCUUAAAUAUGA